ACUUCUGUUCCGCGUAUUUUGUCAACAUAUUUUGUGUGCGUGUUUAUUGCAUUUUAAAAAGGUUUUUUCGUUUCGGUAACUGUGAGAAUCAAUGUGGAUUUUGGUGCUUAUUGUUCCGUAGUUCUUUGCUUUGGCUUUUGUCAGCUUGUUGUGCUUGCUUUAAUGCAAUUGCUGCGCUCAGCGAUACAUUCUAUACAGACAUACAGCUUAUUUCGUACAGCAGUGCAUCAGAUAUGGUUUUAUUUUCAUGUUCAGUUGUGCUGUUUCUCUGUCUCGUGAACUCGUGCAGCAGGACUUGCCGGCUGACUGCACACGGCGAUCCUGCCACCACCUGGCACCACCUGCCACAUUCCCUACGAGAAACAAGGUUUGCCCACAGGCACCACCACACAUUCGAGUCUCAGACCAGAAAAUACUCCAAUACUCAGCGGAUCCUGCGGGAGGAUUGCGUGGGGCAGAAGAAUGAAGACCCGCCAUGUGCCAAACAGCGUCCAAGCAGCGUCCGCCAUGACAUCGACAACGGCCUCGUACCGGGCCAAACGGCGCAGCCGCAGCGAGGAUGAAAGCCAGGAGACCUGCGAGCGCGAAAGGCGACACGAGGCCCACGUCCGCGAGCGGCAGGAGGAGGUGAAACGCACUCGAGCUGCCACGGCGGCGGCACUGAGGUCGCGCCAGCAGCAGCACCACCAACUGCAGCAGCUAUCGGCGCGCAACAGCCAACGCUGGCCAAUGGUGGACCCCACCCCCAGGGGCACGAAGAGCGAGCGAGCGCCGGUGCUGGUGCCGGAGAAGCCAGCAAGCAAAACAAAACCCGCGGCAACCAAGAGCAAGCCAAAGGCCAAAGAAAAGCCAUUGAAGGCAGUGAAAGAGCGUGGAGAAACCCCGCCGAGAGAGCAGCAGACGGAGAAGGAUCCGCUUUGGAGCGAGGAGUUGUUAUUAGAUGAUAGCAGGAUCUGCGAGGCGGACAUGCGCAGAAUAAUGAAGGAGCAGCAGCAGCAGCAGCAGGAGCAGGAGCAGUCGCUGGGUCAUCAGACGCAGCCGCAGCCACGGCCAGCAGACUCCCAGCUGGCCUUGGCACUGCAUAGCCUGGUGGCGGAAUUUCUGCACGCGGAGAACUAUCAGCUGGCCCUCUCGGUGUUCUGCAACGAAAAUCCACAACGGAGGGGCGAUCACGGCCUGGGGGCGGCGCACAGCGAGUUCCGCUUUAGCCAGAACGAUGUGCAGGACGUGCUGGGCGCUGUGCUCGCUGGAUGGGGCGACACCACGGAGACGCUCAGUGUAGCGGUGCAGCGCAGCUACUACCAGGAGCAUGACCAGAGCCUGCUCCGAGCUUUGCUGCGUGUCCUGAUGGAUGCCAAGCAGCAGAAGCAGCAGCAGUUGAAGACCAAAGGGCCACCAACGGAGGAAAUGGAACUCGCGGAGGAGGCCCGUUCCGUGUUGAUUGGCCCGCGCCUCUGCGAAAGCAUUCACUCCAUGGAGCAGCGGCUGAGAGAGGUGAUGCGGCACAUGAUCCCGCUCUCGACUGCAUGUGCCCCGCCCGUGGAUGUCGUCAGCGAGGAGGAUCUCGAGGACUUGCUGCUGCUCGAGCUGGAGGAGCGAGAUCGCCUGAUCGAGGACGGGCACAAGCUGGAGCCAGGAGAGACUGCCCUACUGCUGCCAGACCUUCAUCCACGCAACCAGUUGACGGCCCAGCAGGAGGCGGACAACCUAAUGGUCGCCGCAGCUGCUGAACAGAUCAAGGAGCCAGUGAUGCAUGUGAAUAUGCCGCCGCUGCCGCAACUCUUUGCGCAGCAAAUCGGUUACAUGGCCACCAUUCGCCAGAGCGUGGAGCGGAUGCUGCGCAGCGAGAAGCAGCCACAGCCGAACAACCUGUUCGCCAGCUUCGAGCAGAUGGACCAGCUGGUAUCGGAGCUGUGCGUCAAUGUCAGCCUGCUGGUCAACAUGGUCAACAUGGCGAUGGAGCAGGAGCAUGCGGUGGGCAGGAACGCCGGCUUCAAGCUCGGCUACCACGAGGGGUUUGGCCACGGCCACUUCUUGGCCGCUCAGGAGGCCGCGAAGUUACCCCUGAAGGAGCAGUUGGAGCAGCAGCCUGAGGAGCGGCCCACCCAAACCAUACCAACCCGGGAUGUGGCUGUCCAGGCCAAGGCAAUUCGCAGCAAAAAUGUCUCCACGCAGACCAAGAAAAAGAUGGUUCAGCUGCUGGUGCCAGAGGAGGAGCUCCAAGUGGAGGCUCCCAUGGAAAUCCCAGUGGAGGCGGCUCCAAAAGAGCAGCAGUGGGAAGUGGCAACACAAACGAUAAUGGGCCAAGUGCCUGUGGCUGUGGCUGCCACACAAACAAAGAAGAUGCCGCAGACGGGAACCUCAGGCCAAGUGGCUGUGGCUGCAACCCAAACAAUCAAGAGCCAAGAGGCUGUGGACACUGCAACCCAAACGUUGAAGGCGGAUCAGGAGAAGGACCAAGUGGCAAGGGGCACCCAAACGAAGGCGACGCCAUGCAAAAGGACCUACGAAGAUUGGAUCGAGGAGAUGCUGCGCAGUGCCAGUGGCAAGGUCUUCCUGAAGCGCGUCGAGAUGUCGCUGAAGAAGGCCAACGAUCUGCAGAAGCAGCAACUGGAGGAUCUCUACCAAGUGAAAAUGAAACAUCAGGCCGAGAUGAUGCAGCUGAGCCAACGACAGAGCUCCUGGCGGACACUUUGCCGCCACAUGGACUCGGAUACGUCUGUCGAGGCACGGGAUUUGGUGCACAAGAUCUUCAAUCUGCUGGAGCACUACGAGGCCCAUCAGCAGCUGCUAACCGAACAGAUGAAGGCAACGGAGUUGGCUGCCGAGAAGGCGGUGCGCUUUGUGCCCGUGUUCAACGAUAACAAUGGAACAGACAUUCCCAUCUGCACCUCGGCAGCGUCCACACCUCCUACCUCAAGUCGUUCUAAGUCAACAGCAGUGGCUGCUGCUGCUGCUGCUGCUGCAUCUCCCUUGGAGACACCGCGCUCUGCCCAACAGCAGCAGAUGGUGCCAGCGGCGCCGACAAUUGUUGUGGUGCCAGCCUCGCACAGGCCCAACGUGCAUACUGUGGCUACCAAUACGCCGCGCGCCAUGUCCUCGCCGCCUGAGCAAACAACUUCGCCAUAUCCAGCAUCGCCUAAUACUUCGACUCAGGCAGCCUCGUCUCAGCCAGCUUCGUCGCGUCGAGCCUCAUUGCGUAGAGUGCCAGCAUCGUCCUAUCCAGCAUCACCUCAUCGUGAGUCGUCUUACCAAGCUUCAUCCCAGGCAGCUUCGUCUUAUCGAGUGCCGCCAGAACGAGCUUCACCUCAAGCAGCUUCAUCUUCAUCCACGUCUCAGGCAGCACCAGCAGCAGCUGUUGCGAGCUUUGAGAAUGCUUUGGCCAGUGCCAAGAGUCGCAUGGAGCAGCUGGAGGAGGAGAGUGAGCGGCUCGAGCAGAAUUUUCUCGACUAUCUGGAGCGCUCACGACAAACGUUGCCGGAGCAGCAGCUGCCGCCGCCGCCCAGUGUAUCCAAAAAGAAGAAAAAAUGCUCGAGACGGAAGUUUGAGGAUGCGUCGACUCUGUUCGAAAUAGAGGAGCUCAAUGAGCAGCAACAGCAAACGCUGACAAAGAAUGAGAAUGAGAACGAGGUGGAGCCAGAGCCAGAGCCAGCCAGCUAUCAGUUCAUUAAUACAUUAAAUGUGGCCAGAAAGAAGCUGCUGGGGGAGCACUGUCAGCCCGCAAAGGAGGCAACGAAAGGUAUAAGCCGUGAGUUGGCGCAGGUGCAGGAGCAAACGCAGCAAAUUCUCUACCGCAUGCGGACAGAGCACUCGCAGAGCACCACGCACGACCACCUACUGCCGGAGAUCACGUCCGACUCGAACAGCAGCAGCAGCGAUGAGCUGGAAGUGCUCAUGCGUCGGGCCAUGCACGCAAUGAAGUUGAACGAAGAGCAGUCUGCACGUCCAAACUUGCAGCUGCUGGACUACAGCACCAGCAGCACCCUCACCAGCGGCAGGAGCAGCCGGAACAGCGCUGCCAGCGAGAUGUUCCAGCCAAAGGCUGCCGCCAGCAGACAGUCAGCGGAUAAGGAUGCAGCAACGUCGCCGAGCGUACGGCUGCAGCGAUCCAUGGCCAAGAUGCAGGAGCUAUUUGCAGGCGCUGGAAUACUAGCACCAGAGCAUAGAGUGCCACUGCCACUGCCCAGAGCCACAACCGAUGCCACAAGGCCCGUCAGUGCACCCUCGCCUGGUGGGACGACUAGAGCAGCAGGCGGUGGUAAAAGCCGCCCACACACGGCACCCACAACGCAACAGAAGAAACAGCAACAGCAGCAACAGUACUUCCCUGCAACCAUCGAGGAUGGUUUCAACGUGAGCUCCUCCCAUGGCAGCAGCAAGAGCUCCGUGGACAGCAGCAGCUACGAGGGACGGGUGCUGGAUCAUCUGUUUGACAACACGACAGCGAACCAGCCACUGCCAUCCAGUCCGGAGAUCCUGCACAGCCGCAACUUCUGGAAACGACUGAACCUAUGAGACCACACAUACAGAUGGUGCCCUUCCUUGGUAGAGUAGAUAAAUGUGCCACUCAUUUCCAAGCCAAAAGUCUUGAAGGGGAUUUUAUUUUGUAGUUAGAUGGCAGACAGCUUGAUGGGAUGGGAAGUCUACAGUGUGGAGGCGCUUGGAGUCUUCAGUGCUGAUGUCUAGACCGCUGUGCCAUUGAUCAGAUCGUAGGGAUCGAGAUUCUGGCCAAAGAGACUCGCAUGGGAGCGUCGACGCUCUCGCUCGAUCUCGUCCA